AUGCUGGUGGACCCUCAGACGCUUGAGCGCGUGUUUAAGGAUCGUGCAUUCGUCGAGUCGCUGACGCUGAUCAACCCUGAGGCACUCGCGCUUCUGGCUCGCUAUGUUGACUACUUCAUCAAUGAGGCUAUCGAAAGAUCAAACGAGACGCGUAUCAAGGAGCAGAAUAGCAGCAGCAACAUUCGUACGGGGAACAUUUUGACCGAAGAGCACUUGAUCAAGAAUGCUGGGACGUUAGUAUUGGACUUCUAG